AAGUCGAGGCCGGGUGCUGGCGAGGGACCCACCGGGGCGCCGGUUGUUCGGCGUCGCUGCGCUCGCUCCUCCCUUUCCGGGAUGUCGGCGAAGAGAAAAGCCGAGGCCAUGAUCCCGGCCGAGGAGAGCGACCAGCUGCUCAUCCGGCCCCUAGGUGCUGGGCAAGAAGUAGGAAGAUCAUGCAUUAUUCUGGAGUUUAAAGGAAGAAAAAUAAUGCUUGAUUGUGGAAUCCACCCUGGCCUAGAAGGAAUGGAUGCCCUACCUUACAUUGACUUGAUAGAUCCUGCUGAGAUUGAUCUCCUCUUAAUCAGUCAUUUCCAUUUGGAUCACUGUGGCGCUUUGCCAUGGUUUCUGCAGAAGACCAGCUUCAAAGGAAGAACAUUUAUGACUCAUGCUACAAAAGCUAUUUACAGGUGGCUUCUUUCAGAUUAUGUCAAGGUUAGCAAUAUUUCAGCAGAUGACAUGCUGUACACGGAGACAGAUCUGGAAGAAAGCAUGGACAAAAUUGAAACCAUCAACUUUCAUGAAGUAAAAGAGGUGGCAGGAAUCAAGUUCUGGUGUUACCAUGCGGGCCAUGUCCUGGGAGCAGCCAUGUUUAUGAUUGAAAUAGCUGGUGUGAAGCUUUUAUAUACAGGUGAUUUCUCAAGACAGGAAGACAGACACUUGAUGGCAGCUGAGAUUCCUAAUAUUAAACCUGAUAUUCUUAUCAUUGAAUCCACCUAUGGUACCCAUAUUCAUGAAAAAAGGGAAGAGCGAGAAGCAAGAUUCUGUAACACUGUUCAUGAUAUUGUAAACAGAGGAGGUAGAGGUCUUAUUCCCGUCUUUGCCUUGGGUCGAGCUCAGGAGCUGCUUUUGAUCUUAGAUGAAUACUGGCAGAAUCACCCUGAACUCCAUGACAUCCCAAUAUACUAUGCCUCCUCUUUGGCAAAGAAAUGCAUGGCAGUGUAUCAGACAUAUGUAAAUGCUAUGAAUGACAAGAUCCGCAAGCAAAUCAACAUCAACAAUCCAUUUGUUUUCAAACACAUUAGUAAUCUGAAGAGUAUGGAUCACUUUGAUGACAUUGGCCCCAGUGUCGUUAUGGCUUCCCCAGGUAUGAUGCAGAGUGGCUUAUCCAGAGAAUUGUUUGAGAGCUGGUGUACUGAUAAGAGAAAUGGAGUAAUAAUAGCAGGGUACUGUGUUGAAGGAACACUUGCCAAGCACAUAAUGUCUGAACCUGAAGAGAUCACAACUAUGUCAGGGCAGAAGCUCCCACUGAAGAUGUCUGUAGACUACAUUUCUUUCUCUGCUCACACGGAUUACCAACAAACCAGCGAGUUUAUCAGGGCACUGAAACCUCCGCAUGUGAUUUUAGUGCAUGGUGAGCAGAACGAAAUGGCCAGAUUGAAAGCGGCAUUGAUACGAGAAUAUGAGGAUAAUGAUGAAGUUCACAUAGAAGUUCACAAUCCUAGGAAUACUGAGGCUGUGACAUUAAACUUCAGAGGAGAAAAACUUGCCAAGGUGAUGGGGUUUUUAGCAGAUAAAAAGCCAGAGCAAGGACAGCGAGUUUCAGGGAUCCUGGUUAAAAGAAACUUUAACUAUCACAUCCUUUCUCCAUGUGACCUCUCCAAUUACACUGAUUUGGCUAUGAGCACUGUAACACAGACACAAGCCAUUCCAUAUUCUGGUCCUUUCAAUCUGCUUUAUUACCAGCUACAGAAACUGACAGGUGAUGUUGAGGAAAUCGAAAUCCAGCAAAAGCCAGCCUUGAAGGUUUUCAAAAAUAUUACUGUGAUCCAGGAACCUGGCAUGGUGGUACUUGAGUGGGUGGCAAAUCCUGCAAAUGAUAUGUACGCAGACACUGUAACAACAGUGAUCCUGGAAGUUCAGUCAAAUCCCAAAAUACAGAAAGCUGCAGUGCAUAAGAUUGCCAAAAAAGUAGAUAUGGAUGUAUUUAGCAAAAGGAUGGAGAUCAUGCUUCAGGACAUGUUUGGAGAGGACUGUGUUACUGCAAAAGAUGGCUCUGUUCUAAGUGUCACAGUGGAUGGAAAGACUGCAAAUAUUUCCUUGGACACACGGACAGCUGAAUGUGAGCCAGGAAAUGAAGAUGAUGAAUCCCUUCGGGAAAUGGUGGAGUUGGCUGCACAGAGACUCUAUGAUGCCCUCAGCCCAGUCCAUUGACCUGACUGACCAGUAUAUAUAUAGGAAACACAAGAACAAUCUUUUUAAUACUUGAUUCAUUUUCACCAUUUUCAUAAAAAAAUAAAUAAAACUUGCCUUUAGCAAGCCAUAUGUACUUAUUUCCUGACCACAAAACUGCUUAGUUGUCAUUACAAAUAACAGAUGGGCAAUCUGUUAUAGCAACUCCAUUUUGUGUAAUGUACAUAAUGAGUGAAUAUAUGUACAUAUGAACCCAUUAAUGGGACAUAUGCACAUAAGAGGAUAAAUUUCUUACUCUGAUAUGAUGUAAUAGACAACCUAAAAUGAUGAUAAAAAAUAAAUGGGAGGAAUCUUA